AUGGCUGGGAACGAACAGGCACGAUUGGCCACGAGGAAGACUGGGGUGUGCGCGGGAGAAGAGGGGGGUGUGGUGAAGACGCGAAGUCGCGAAGACGGCGCCUGCGUCUUAGUGGAUGCAAAGUGGACGUGUGUGCGAAAACACGAGAGCGUGGCUAUCACUGCGGGUGCCUAUGGUGGGCAAUGGGGCCAAACGGUUGGUAAGAUGCGAUGA